AUGUCGACCCCCCUCGGCAAUUCCGGCAACGACAGCAGUCCACCUCGACCUCUCGGCGCCGCCGUCAUGCCCACCUCCACCCCCUCUAAGAAGCGAAAGACCAAAGACCACACCCCCAAGACUAGCAAGCGCCACAAGAGUCAGUACGAGCCAGCGAACGUCACCGGCGAGUCAGCUGGAAAGUCUGCAAAGGAGAAGUACAAGAGCGCCCUCCCAGAACUCGAGGCGACACGAGACGCGGCCCGAGAGAAGCUCCGGGAAUAUAGUAAACUCCUACCUACGAUAGGAGAAAUAGGCGUCGCGAUCGCGGAUAUGAAGGUCGGCGAAGUCAAGUUCCCUACUGUCGCGGGAUACCUCAACCUCCACGAGAACAAGCAGCUCCUGGAUGUCUUGAAGGCAGUGACGGGCGAUCUCCAGACUCUCUACAAAGCCCACACACAGAGAUACGGCCUGGACCAAAAUGUCGGUGGCGGCAGAGGUGCCAACCCAGAGCCACAGAUGAUGCCCAACCAGAUCUUCAAUUCCAUGGCCCAAGGCAGAAUCCAAGCCCAGGAUCUGACCAGCGACCAACCACCAGACCUCCAGCGAUACCCAACCAACAACACGAUCCGCAUGCACGUCUACCUCCUCCGCUUCGCCCUCGCUGCCAUCACGCGCGAUCACACCACUGGCUUGGGCGUCUCGAACAUCGACCGCAUCUUCACAGGACCAGGCGAUCCCCAGCAAGACCGCGUAUUCUUCGAGGGCGUUCACAACCUCCACGGCGAAGACAUCUUUCGGGCACUCAUGCUGUGGCAGGCGUACAGACUGAAGCUCUCGAAGUCCACAGUGCAGAGCUUGGACGACAUCACCUUCUACGGCAUGCCGACUCUCCCCAUCUUCGCGACCAAGGAAGUGGGCACCAACACUGCCGCGCAACAGCGUAGGCAGACCAAGGCCUUUCAUCGUUUCCUGUCGGAAGGCGGUGUGCGCGCUCUCCCCGGCGACCAACUCAUUCGCCAGUGGGCAACCACCGCGAAUCAAGGCGCAGAAGAGACCGCCAGCGCCACCAACGUCGCAGCGAGCAAGGAUGUCAAGCUGAGCGACGACCUGGACACCUUGACGCCAGAGGGUGUCUACUCCGUCCUCCAGAUAUGUUCAGCCACCGCCAACUUCAUCUACAACGACCCGGGACGUCAAAACAAGAACUUGUUCGACGUCAUCGAUACCCGCAGCGCCCAACAGAAGGCCGAAGACGACGCCAACAAGGAUCUUCAGAUGCAGGAGGAUGGCACCCGCUUCGUCCCGGCCGUUAUCGACACUCGGCCGCCAUC